UCCCCGGAAAAGCUAGUAGGUGCUAAGAGCACCUGUGUCAGGCCAGGGAAUCUACCUGGGCUGCCCAGGGUACACAUGAAAUUGUGUACUCAGCAGUGGAACUGGAGUCGCGUGUGUGGCUGGGACAUAGGGCAAGGCGGGGAUUGAGGUGGUGUAGACCAGUCAACUAGUGGAGUAUGUGCAAGAAGGGGUCAUUAAAACACCUAGUUAUACCUCAGCGUGAGUGGCUUCAAAGCUGGAAUGACUGACAGCAAGGACCUGCGCAACACAGUGAGGAUACAGCGGAGACAAUAGCAAUAGAGCCUAACAAUCAGCCGAAGUCUCCCCUGGAAAAGUUUAUGGUCAGACUGUGUACACAUCACCAGAAGCAAUUCAUUCGUGUGCUAAACGACAUAUACACGGAAGUACAGCCAGGCUGCGAGGGCCGGCCAUUACCUGAAUCCGAAAACAUGGAUGCAGCUACUUGCAGCUCUGGUUGUAGCCAGCAAAGCACUGAAAAUUGGAAGAAGUCUGCUCCCUGUUCUGAAUUGAAGCCCCUUACUUCCUCAGACUCAGACAGAGACCCAGUGGGUCUUCAUAGCCCUCUGCGUGCUGCAGGGCAACCCUUGGAGCAGCACGCAGAGGUGAAAUCCAUGAACAGGAUGGAGAACUUCAGUACUGCUUUCAAAAGAGACUUCUCUGAACUCUCCGCUACUAGAAGUAGUUCUGUUAGUCCAAAGGAUAGUUCCACCCAAGGAUACCUCACCACUUCGAACUCUUCCUCACUUCACUUCCAUCCUGGCACCAGGAGCCCAGAAGGACAAACCACUGGACAGGAGCAAGAGGCUGGUGUCAGAAAGUGUGAGGAUGGCAAAGACCAGAUCCAAGGCAAGACCUUAGCAGACGGCUACAUUGCUGUCAAAGUGGCCCAUGUGAACGGCAGCGAGGACAACUCGGACAGCUGCCUGGGGUCUCAGAAGAACUCUUUCAAAGCUUUACCAGAAGAGGGUUGGGAUUCAGGGUUUCCAGUGAACUCUCCUAGAAGAGCUGACAAGGAGAACGCUUUACAGUGCAGCUCCAAAGCCUCUUUGCACCAGGAUUUAGAAAUAAACGAAGAAGAUGCAAGACCAAAGCAAGAAAACCAUCUCCAUGCCCUGGGAAAGACUAAGGGGGGUUACCACCUGCAUCCUGGUGACAAGAAUCCACGUGAGCAUUCCAAAGAUGGAUGGGUGGCCUCUGCACCAGUGCCAGUGACGCACAAAGCCUCCAGUGGGCGCUCACGAGCUAAGGCAGGGUCCUCAUCCGUCAGAACAGCUCGGAAGAACAAAAGGGCAUCGGGGCUGAGAAUAAACGACUAUGACAACCAAUGUGAUGUUGUCUACAUCAGCCAGCCAAUAACUGAAUGCCACCUGGAGAGCCAGCGGUCAGUGUCAUCCCGGAGGACAGCUCGGAAGAGCACGCGCGGGUAUUACUUCAACGGUGAGUGCUGCGAGCUGCCAACUGUCCGCACGCUGGUGAAAAGUUCCCGAGUGGGGGAGAGAGGACAUGGGCCGGCACUGAGGACGGAAGUGUUACUGAGUGCUAAGCAGAGCCCAGCGCACUCCGGAGGCGAGCCUUCGGGGGCAGCCCUAGCUGUGGGGAAAGAGGCUGACAAAAGAGCUUCCCUCAGGCUCCUGUCCAAAGGGGCUCCUCCCAGCAGAGAAGCUAACGAGAGAGCCGAAAAGGAGCCCAGCGAGGGCGGCUCGCUGAAGUCAAGAGAAUCUGCUUAUGCUGAGCCACUGCUGGCUCUCUCUGCUCCCCCCUGCCCUGACAAUGCACCAGAAGGCGGCUCGACCCCCACACAGCCUCUAGCCGUCGGCCCCUCUGCUGCUGAAGAAAGUGAGGAGAGGAUGUGCCAGCUGCUGGAAGAGGUGGAGGCAAAUGUUCUCCAGCAAGCUAGCAGCAGUGCUGACUUCUCUGGGGACUGUGAGCCCACAGAAGACAGCAGCAAGGAGGCUGCAGAUUCGACACCUGUUUCUCCGCCAGAAGCUGCUAGUAGGGAGGAAAGUUCUCCAUGCUCAGAAAUACAAGCUAUUCCGGCACCUCCUGCCGGCCUGGACCCGGUGCCUCCUGCCGGCCUGGACCCGGUGCCUCCUGUCGGCCUGGAUCCAGCUCCUCCUUCGCAGCUUCCCACCACCAUGGACCUAGCGCUUCCUACCAGUGCAGACCUGGUGCACCAUGCAGAGCCUCCUGCCAGCAUGGACCCUGAGCCUCCUGCUGGAGUAGACCCGGAGCUGGCUGGGGCACUUCCUGGAGAGCCCCCAACUAGUACAGACCUGGAGCUUCCUGCCAUGCCCCCUGCCAGCGUGGACCUGGAGACUCCUGUGCAUUCCCCUGCGAGCUUGGAGACUGAGCCCCUGGUUAGCUUGCAGUCUGCCAAUGUGACCAAAAGCAUUCCUGCUGACCCAGAAGCUGACGUAAGGAAGGUGCAGGAAAGCCCACCUGAGCCAGGGGAGGCCAUGCCGACUCUUGCAGAGCUCAGUGAAAUCUUGGCAGGCGAGACUGCCCCAGAAAGCAGCAGGCUGUGUGAGAGAGAGAACAGCGAUGGUGAAAUGCCACCAGGACCUGACACUUCAGAAACGGAUGGUAAAGGGACAGUCUUGUCCAAAGAAAGCCCAGAGAAGAAGCAAAAGAAAGGUAGGAGAGCGCUCGUAGCAUCAGACCGGCGUCUCCGCAGCCAGCAAUCCCAACCACCCACAGAAGGCAGUGCUGAAAAGUCUGGUUCUUCCACCUCUCUGCAGCUUCCCUGUCUUCAGAUUAAGCUUUCUAAAAGUCCCGGUGCAAAGCGUUUUAGGAGGGAGGUGCACCUUGAUGGAGCAGCAUCCGUGUGCUUCCCAAAGGAUUGUUUCCACAAAACACUGCUGAAGAACAUCCAGGGCCCAGGCACCGGGAGUGCCCUUGAGAGAGAGCCCGUGCAGCGGGGAGGAGAUGAAAAUGGCAUUACUACUAGGCAAACCUAUAAAAGCAUGUUGGCAAAAGAGGGUGCAGCAGAGAGUGAAGGGUCAUCAAAAGAUAGCCCCCCUGCUAACGCCAGCCACAGUAAGUCAGGGGAGAUGCUCGAGAUCUGUGUAGAGGCUAAUUCUGAUAAGAGAAGUGUUCUCCUUCCUAGGGAAAGUGGAACAGGUGUACAGGAUGCAGAGCGAUCGGAUGAGAAAGCAGGUGAUGUGGAGAACCCAGACAAUGCUGUAGAUGCCGGAAAGGUGCAGUAUAAAGAUCUGACUGAUUCACCUACAGGUCCCAGUAGCAAAAGUGGAAGCAAACACGUCCCAUCCAAGACUUGGAAGCAUAAAAAGUUGACCCUACCAGUUUACAACUUGAGACACACCCCUACACCUGUGGAUGCUGCAAAAAAGAAUCUUCCAGGGAAGGAAGUUCUGCAAGCAAAUCCAAGCCAGAAGGAAGAACGCAGUUCAGGGAACAAAGACACCGUAGAUUUGAAGGAGGUGGACACAGUGGCUGAGGACAAACCAAAGUUUGUGGAGUGGUGUGCUGAGGAAGAGAAUCAGGAGCUUAUUGCUGACUUUAAUGCCCAGUAUAUGAAAGUUCAGAAAGGCUGGAUUCAGUUGGAAAAAGAAGUACAGCCAGCCCCCAAAGUAAAGAACAAAGCUGACAAGCUGAAAGAGAUUUGGAAAAGCAAGAAAAGAACCCGGAAAUGCAGAGCGUCUCUCGAAGUUCAGAAGCUUUCCCCUGUCCAGAUGCUGUUUAUGAAGGCCUUCAAGUUAUCCAACAUUUGCCGUUGGUUCUUGGAGACAACUGAAACCAGGUCGCUAGUCAUUGUUAAAAAACUCAAUACCCGUCUCCCCGGAGAUGUCCCCCCCAUCAAGCUCCCCCUGCAGAAGUAUUGUUCUUCCAGCCUGUAUCCCAGCUCACUGCAAGCGGAACGCUUGAAAAAACACCUCAAGAAAUUUGCUGCAACUACCCCUGCUAAAAAUAACUUGAAGAAUCAAAAGUUAUGGGCCAGGCUUCGGGAGAACGCUGACAGUACGGAGCCCGGGGAAGCCCCCAGUCCCAACCAGAUGUCUCCCUGUGAGACGAGCUCAGAAGAAGCUGGUGAAGACAGAAACGUGCAGCCCCCUCCAAGUCUGCCAACGCAGGCCAGCACUAGGAUUCUGCGGAAAUACUCCAAUCUGAGGGGCAAAUUGCGAGCCCAGCACUGCCUGGCAAAGAAUGAGAGAAAGGGGGAGAGUGCAGCUGAUCAUCCCUCCGUGGAAAGUAAGCAAAGCCGGAAGAGCGUCUGCAUCAACCCGCUGAUGUCUCCAAAGCUGGCCUUGCAAGUCAAAGCAGAUGUGUUUCCUACUAAGUCCAUGCGUGCAGAAGCAGCGGUAAAGGGAAGAAAAGGGAAAAGCAGGUCUCAGGAGGACUCCUUGCCCAAAGCUGACCCUCAGCCAGGCAGAAAGAAGAGAACGCUGCGGGAGAGCAGCGCUGUGCCAGAGCCGUCUCGCUCCUCCAGUAAAGACAGGCUGCCAGCUAAGAAGGGCAGCAAAGUAAAACACUUCGAGGUUCCUCCGAAAGCUCCUGCUACCAGAAAGCAGGCUGCCAUGGAAAGAAACAGUAAGCUCGAGAAAAAGGUGUCUUUGAAAGAGAAGAGGGUCCCAAAAAGGCAGCUUGGCAAAGGCAGACUCCCCAUCCCGAAAGUCAGAGAGAACCCCACCAAAAGAGCUGCAGCCCCGCCCAGCCAGGAAGGGCUCACAAAAUCCGCAAAGCCGAAGCCCGCGGGGGAGCCCUCUACCAGGUCACAGAAAGCAGCCGAUAAGAAGCCCAGCAGUGGGAAAACUCUGACCAGGUCUAUGAAGAAAAUUCAAGAGAGCAGCACGUCCCAGGGCAAGAGAAAGUUAAGGGCAAAAGUUGACUGUUCACACAGCAAGCGAACACGACUGGAUGCAAAAUAACCAAGAGAAUGGUAGCCAUGGAAAAACUGUUGUAUAGUAGUAACCCUUGAUCAUGCAUUAACUGAAGCUGCUUUUAUAAGCUGUAGCAAGCCUUCAAAAAUCCACAGCUAAAGGAUUACACCCAGGAUUUUAGGCAUCGGAAGGUGUGUCUCAGACAGAGAGGAGAGCCAUCUGUCUCUACUGUUGAGGGAAGUUACUGCAAUUUGAAUGUUCCUUGGAUUUUAAGCUUGGAACCAGGCAGUUUUAGUUAAAAGUACAGUGCCUUAUUUAUCAUUUUUAAACGAAUAAAGAAAGAAGCUAGUCUGUGUGAUUUAAAGGCUUGCAUUUUAUACUUGAUGCACAAGCACUUGUACUGUAGCAGAAAGGAAACCACCUUCAUGCACAUAAAGUAGCUUUCAGCAGCCUUUUGAGGGGCGUGCACACAAACCCUUCCCUUUGCAUUAAACAUCCUGACUGUGUGUUUGUGAGUGACAUUGGAAGCAAAACCAAAAGCAUUUUUCUUGUAGCCAGAGAGGGAAGGGGUAAUUGGUCAUUACUCCGUUCAUUAGCAGCAGGUGGUGGGCAGGUAACUGUUUAAAGAUAUUAAUUGUUGGCCACUUGCGUGUAAUUUAUGGUCUUUAAGGUUAGACAGCGAUUUCUGCUCUGCUGCUUCUUAAGCCUUGAGGUAGUGUGGUCUGAUCUAAACCGCCGUGGCAAAGGGGUCACUGCUUGAAAUAUUGCCGCUAGUUCUGUAGCAUCUACAGCUGUUUGCAGGCACAGUGGGCUAAGCUUAUCCUUGGGGCUCUCUGGUACGUCAGGGAUGAAUUGGUCCCACGGUGCCUUACUGUUGGGCAAUCAGCGUUUUGUUUCAUAGCACCUGGAUCCAUAUUGAUUUCUGCUUUCUUGGACAGUAGCUUUUCACUAAUAAUCGGGUAUUUUCCUUCCUGUGAAAAGCCAGGGCAGAUUUCCACUCGUUAUUUAGUCAGUCUGUGUGAAAGGGACAUUUUUACCCUCCCCACGUUGUCUUCCCCCACCCGCACAGAACACCUGUAUUUUAAGGCAAAAUUUUUAAUGUCGUCUUUGAAUAAUGCUGAGAUCUAAAGUCUCUGAUUUUUUUUUUAAAUUAAUUUCAAUCUCAUUUUAAAAUAAAGUGAAGCUGUUUUGGUUCCAGCCAGCAUUGUGGUGUGCUGUGGAGUCUAGGAUUGGGUAGUUCCCUUCAUCGUCAGAGCAGCCCAGGCAGUCUGUACACCCUGCCUUGCAAACAUAUCCUUGAAAGUCUAAUCAACACAAACCAUGCACUGCUCAAAGGUCAAGCAAUAGUUUCCAGUGGAGAACCACGAAGAGUAACAGCUGAUACACACAGGAAAACCUGUUAGAAAUUCACAUAAUCAUAUUCCCACCACAGACACUGGCGGUGAAGCUAAUUGGGAUGGGGUGGGGAGUUUUAUACUGAACAUUUCCACCCACCCCUUGUGUAAGCAGCUGUAAGAUGGUGGUGUCAGCUCCCACUCUGUGCCCAAGUUUAAAAGCUCAUGGCCACCCAUUUUAUUUCAAAAGCUCCUCUCUGAGCCAGUACAAAAGAAGGGCUGUUUGCGUGAGUUUCUAAGCAAACUUCCUUCCAUUCACUAGGUUCACCACCUGAAAUCUGAUUGUGAAGGCUCUGAAAUUUCCUGACCUUUGGGGAAUAGCUUCCAGCCGCCAUUGUCCUGGCGCGAUCGGAACAUACAUGCAGAUCUGUGUUAUACCAACCAGCUUAAACUCGGCUCUCCCCUCUGAGAGCGUUACAGGAGCAUGCCUCUUGGGGUGUAGAGAGGGCGGCCUUGCAGAGGAAUUGAUUUUCACGGUUAGCGUUGAACCUCAGAUACCAAAGCUCAUUCUUGGAGGUAGAAAGUGGAUAAUUAAUUGUCUUCAAUCUCCUGCUGGAUCCGUUUAGCGCAGGGGAUGAAACUAAGCUUUGGAGACUCCACAGCACUCUCCCCAGUGCAGUAGUUUGCUCCCCGUGUUCUGGAGAGUGUCGUGUGCUGAGACAGGCAGGCACCCGCACCGGGGGUGCUACAGCCAGAGCCCAGGGGCAGGGGGACUUGGAAAUCACUGAUCUUUAAAGAGCUGUUAUUUUUAAUCAUGCUGAAUAAAGUAAAUGCUGGACAGUUGUUUUGUGGCUGCCAGGCCUGUCGGCCCUGUACAGGUUAAUAUGAAGUUAUCUAUUACUUUAAUUGUGCUGUGCAAGCAUUCCACCAAAACAGAUCUGAAGGCAUUUAAAGAGCGGGGGCUGUACCUGCCGGUGGAGGAUUGGUCCUCAGAUGUUAAAAGGAAAAGCUGGAUCUUUUUUUUAAUUCUGAUCUAGAAUAUUCUUGUUUCCUGUAGUCUGGGCUGCUUUCAUAAAUAGUGUGUAUGUGUGUGCACACGUGUGCAAGGACCUUUGCUGUCUCUGAAUGGUGCCCCUAUCCCAACAUCAAGCCAAUAAAACCUUUACCCCACUCACCCCAUCGUUUUUUGUGUGUAUGCCAGAGUGGAAAGAAAAGCUGUUCGGUUUCUGUGGGGUUUUUAGAAUUUCAAAGCUUUCUCCUAGGACUGUUUGUCCUUCACAACCUGCAAGGAACCGGGGGCUAUUUUAAUGUCCAGCUUCAGGCUGGGGAGUGACAGAAAUCUGAGAAUAACCGUGAGCUGAAAUAGCAGUUCUGGGCAGCUGAGUGCUGCAGAUUGCCUGCUAGGUCUCCAGGGCUAGCGGCACAUAGUUGUGGCAGGGCCAUGACAGGUGGGCUCUAGGGCCUGGCUCUCGCCCUGACGGGUCCUGCGUAGCUCGUUGCUCGCAGUCUGCCCUGCCUUUGGAGCCAGUGUCCCUUUCUCCGGGCGAAGGGAGCAUUUGCACAGCAGACUGUUGGGGGUGCUGCAUGAUGUCACCCAGGGGCUACCACGUUACUCAUGGCACAUCUGGAUCAGAGUCUGACUGGGGUGAGAGAUUGGCCAGUGUGCCCAUCCUGGAAAUGGGGCAACCAUGCCCACCUGCCAGUGGUGCCAGCUAGGACACAGUCACUGGAAAUGGGAGACUCUCUUCCCAGGAGGCUACAUUAAGAAAAGAAAAUCUUCCUCUCCCCCCUGCAGGUCCCCGCCUGUGUCCUUUCACCUCCCACUCUCGUGAGCCUGGGGAGUGUGUGUGUUUGUUCACUGCUGAGAAGUCAGAGCACUAAGCCGAGCCAGAGAACGCGGCACUCAGCUGUGGAGAUGCCGCUGGGCAGCUGCUGAGCCGUGCAUCACCGGGCAGGGCACGUGCUGCAGUGGGCAGGCGGGUCAGACACACGCACUCAGCACAGGCUGGGAGUACAGGGGUUGGCACCUGGGUCCCAGCAGCUCCUAGAGCUAGAACCUGUGUCAGAAGUGUUGGUGUCCCCCAGUAGCUGUGAAGUGCUCAAAGGAGGGGCCCGAUCCAGCGCCCAGGGGCGGCAGGGGAAAGACACCCAUUGCUUUUAGUGGGAGCUGGGUUGAGCAGGAGUUGAGUGUGUGAGUGUCUGGCUCUAGCCUAUCGGGACAGCAUAGGGGAAGGGAGGGGAGGGCUGGUGGACUGGGUCGGGGGGAGAGUACACACGGUUGUGGUUGUAGAAAUCAGAGGAGGGAUGCAAUUCAGGUCUUUCCGCUGCAAAGCAAACCCCAUGUAUUUAUUGAUUGAUGUGAGCGUGAGACUGGCCCGCGGUGGGUCAAACACUGCGUAUGGGCAGUGAGACUCGGACCGGGACAGGCUGCUGUGCAUCCUGCGGGGCCCAAGACUGCUCCACGCCUUCGGGGAGGGGCCAGGCUGCACCGUUCCAGUACUGAUGUCUCCGUCCUGGUGCCUCUCCUAUGGAAGCACCUGUCCCCGUGGCAGUCAGGGCCCGCAGCUGGCUUUCUCACUGUUUUAACCCUACCCACGCUGCCCUCAUUUGAGGGGCCCGGGGACGACGACGCCAUUUGCCACAGCCACCCCAUGCAGGUUAAUUUGGGAGCUUUCGCUCGCUUGGGUAACCUCAGUGCUGACUGUGAGAGAAUAGGAACCCCCUCCCCAGAGGGAGGUGCUGUGUCUCCAGCCCCUGCUCGCUCACUCCCAGCACAUCUGCGCCGCGAUGCAGCUCCCACUCCGGCUGUGCCGCCUGGAGCCUGGGCGCUCUCGUGCUGUGUUAUGGGGCAGCCCCUUCAUCCUCUCCGCUCUCACCCAGCUCAAAGGGCAGGAGCUGCUUUGCUGGCUCAGCACACCCCCUAAGCUGUCCCCCUUGGCCCUGGCUGGAGGGGCUAGUCCCCCGGACUGAGCUGGGCAUGUCUGCGGAGUGGGUGUCUGGAGCAGCACAUGCUUGUGGAAGGGAAGGCCAACGAAACCUUGGGCUGAUGGCCAGGAUGGGUUAUGGGGGGACCUGGCCUGUCAGGAAGUGGCUAUGAUGGCUACAGGCCACCCAACGCUGUGGGUUAGCAGUUAGCCUUUGGGCCAGACAGCAGCAUCCCCUUGCUGGUCCCUGAGCUGCAGACAGUCCUCUUAACUGGCACAGUCGCUGGGCUCUUGGGGCAGGAAACACCUGCAGGGCAUCCUCCAACCCAUUGCCGUGAACUCCUGCUAUGGCUCAGUGCUCUGGGGGGAGCCAUGCUCCCCGUCCACCUCUGCUGCGUGGCUACAUUACACCUGUAGCCACCACGGCUUCCAAAGUGCAGGGUGGAGCUCGUCAUCCGGCAGGCACUGGGCUCCUUGCUGAUUCCAGGGAAGGGAUGAAUUAGAAACCACAGGGUCUGUUUUACCCUGUGUGCCACCUGUGGGGCCUGACUGCACGUGGCUGGGCCACCAGCUCCAAAUUCCUGCCGCAUUCACAGAGUGAAGACACAAGGCGGCUGGAGCGGGUGGCAGCUAAUGGAAGAUGAGAAGCAGUGUGUUUUACUGCCUUCGUUCCUGGCCUGGCCUGGCCUGCGGCUCUGCGCUUUCCUCUCCCAUCUGCUCUAGGGCCACUCUCGGCUCUCCAGCCUGGCUGGACUCCUCAUCUUUGCGGCCUGCUCUCCCAUCUUCCCCAAGCCCCGAAAGCUGCGGCUGCCACAAGGCCACGUCACCCCCAUCUUCAGACACCACCCUGACUCUCUCAGGAUCCAUCAUUCAAUUGCCAUCCUAGGGUUCACCAACAAACACCCUCCUCGGCUGGCCCCAGACCUUCUCCUGGACCUUUCUGUUAGUGAGCACUGGCCUCCCUCACUUCCCAGCUCCCUUCAGAUAGCACUUCUCUGCAACCCCAUCCAUCUGGAACAGCCUCCCGGGAUGUUUCCACCACAUCAACUGGCCAGUUUGGGUCAAAUCUCUUUAAAUCCCUCUUCUCUGGCUAGCCCUCCCAUGGGUCUCCCUUUCCAAUUGGGGUCAGUUUAUUCAGCCCCGCUGCAUCUGUAACGUAGCGUCUCACAGGUAACUCUGCGAGCGGCUGGUUUGCCGUGCGUGAGAUAUGCACUGGGUCGAAUUCAAGUGAGAUUUGUCCUGCAUGUUAACAUCAGACCCGAAAGUGCAGCUAGAGCUCUGAACUGCUUUCAGCAGCUGCUCCUAGCUGGGAGAUGGUCCGUGGGAGGGAGUUUCUCUCCCAGCGGGGAUGGGGGAUCUGUGUGUGCACCCCUCCCCCCCCACUUGUACCCACUGCUCUAAGGUUAGUUUUACGGUGUUAAGACGGUAUUGCUCUGUGCAGACACCUCCCCCCAGGUAGCACGGAUUUACCAGGAAUUUUGGGGAAGAGCUGCCGGUUGUGUGUUCACUGUUAGGAACAAACUUUCCCAACUGCCGUGUUUUGUCCUGGAAACCCCCCUAGAGAGAAUCUUCUUUUCCUGCUGUUCCCUGGCUGUUAAACGUUCGACGGGAUGGAGAUUGUCUUUGCACCCUUGGCAGGUGAACAAGGCCUUCAGCUCUUUGGCCCAGUAGAUUGAACGACUGGAAUUACUGUCAGUUCUGAGCGCUGAGAGCUCUGUCGCCAGCACUAGGUGGAGCUGUGAGGAAGUAAAACAAUCAGAAAAGGGGGGGGGGGACCUCAUUUGUGCUGGGCUGUUUUUAUCUCUGGUAGUGACAGGUCCAGCACCCCCCAGAGCCAGUCCCACACGGGGCAGAGAAUGGGUCACUGCCCCAUUGAGCUACAUUCCUCUUGUCACUGGCCCCUCCCAGUCCGAUUUACUGAUUGCAUAGGCGUGAGUGCGCACUCACACCUACAUGUCCAUAAUGGGCUGGAUUCAGCUGCCUUCGAUGCCAGCGUGUCUGCACAUAGCACACCCGAACACUUGUCUGCACACCUGAACGCAGGCAUCUGCACACCCGAACGCAGGCAUUCACACACCGCACACCUGAACACUUGCGUCUGCACACCCGAAUGCACGCAUUCACACACCGCACACCCGAACGCAGGUGUCUGCACACCCAAAUGCAGGCAUUCACACACUGCACACCCAAACACAGGCAUCUGCACACCCGAACGCACGCAUUCACACACCACACACCUGAACGUGCAGGUCUGUAGAAAGUCUUGGGUUUGUGCAGCUCAGAGCUCUGCAAACCAGGGACGGUUAGCUGGGCCCAACUCCUUGGCUCAGCAUGAUGUCCAUCCGGGCUAAGGUGUUCUCAGGAGCCGUAAUCUGCAUUGUGAUCAUCCCUAGGCUUGGAAAAAGUCAUGGUCUCCCCCUCCUCACCAUAUUGGUCUUACCCUCAUCAGGAGCACAUCCGUCGCCUUCCCUUUAGGACGGGGGGCAGGGUGUCGGGCAUGUCUCUGGGCACGUUGGCAGCUUCCAGGCCUGGCAUUCUGAGAACUUGAGUUGCAAGGUUUUGAUGGCCUCUGUUGACCCUUUCAGCACAUGUGGUUGGUUUUUAAGCAUCUGUGUGUAAGAGUACCACACUCUGUGGGCACUGGGGAGGGUAGCCAGGGGCUAGCCAUUGAAAUGCAGAUCUCCUUAAUAAGCUUUCUGGGCAGGCUGAGGCAUUUCCUCCCACUUGGCGUUCACCGAAGCUAAGCUUGUAAAUAGUUUUGAUAUUUAUUUUGUGUACUUUCUGCAGCUCAGUGGGUGGGUGGCCGCGUUUGCCUCACGUUGGACACAGCUCAAGGCAAGCACCAGGCCAGUGGCCUGUUCUGGUGGGAUGAUUUUUUUUUAAUGACGCAACAUUAAAAGUUGAAGCAUUAAAUAUUUUUCUUCAUCUCAUCUUCUUAAAGCUGGUCGGAGCUAGUCGGCAAGACCUGGUUGCCUCCAUUGGCCCUGGCACCGUAAGCAAUAAGAUUUGUAGUAAUAAGGUCCAAGUCAGUAAAACUGAGUCUUCAGGGCCCAUGGAGGGGGUGGGGGAUCUCACUGCAGAUUAGUUUGCCUUUGCAUAGGGACCUAGUAGCUUAGAACUACCAUUUAUGGGUCUGUGCGCUCUUAUGUCUCCUUACGACAGGAAAUCACGGACCCGAUGGCAGGGCUGGACCUGACACCCUCUUGGGAGUCUGGGGAGGAAGGAUGCCAACGGGCUUAUAUUCCAGUGCGCAUCUGACUGGGGCAAAGCCCGAUUAAUUUAGGAAUCCCCUAAAAUGGCCAGGAUGGACCAAGCUACUUAUUAGCCUGUUGCAACUUAGGACCUUUUAACUAAUGUCCCCAUCGUGUGUCUGCUCUUCUGGUUGUGGAAAACAUAAUUCCACAGCCACAGAGGAGGUGACCUACCCGCUGGGUUCUUGCACUGAUGCUCUUAAGGCAUUUAGCCAGACUUCCUCGGGACCUGCCCAGGAUGGCUCCCAAAUGCUCUCUGGCUCUUUGCUUGGAGCUUGCUAGGAUUUCGGUCUAGGGUUUGUGUAUUUAUAAAGGUGUUCAGAAUUUUUUUACUUUUUGUGCUUGAUGCGUGUCUUGGUUCUAGCCCUCAGGAAGAGCAAACCUAGCCCCGAGCUGUCUGCGUUGGAACGUCUUGUGCUUCUAUUCCUUUAACUUCUGAUUUUUAGCCAGUGGAAUCUUUUGUUUCCUGAUAUUGGUUUUCAUGGUCACAUAGGACUCUCCCCUGCACCUCUCAAACUUCCUCCUUUGGGACAUUGUAGAAACCAGUAAUUUUCUCUUUUAAAGUGUCAACUUUUCAAUGGUAGUUCCUUUUUAAUAACAAAAAGGUUUUUCUGCAUCUACAUCUGCUGCCCUUGGAGAACUUUGUAGUUUCCCCGUGACACUGAUCUGAGAAGCCCAGGACCACAUGAGUCCCCUGCCACCCCGUCUGGUACUGUAUAUAUGAGCCUAACCAAUGUGAACUUUAGAGAGAGCUAUGAGGCCUGUAGGCUGGUGCCCAUAUAGGUUGGAGGAUCUGGCUUUGAUCUGCAUUUCCGUUCUGUUCUGGGUAUUAGGAACUACUUCAGUGUGACUGGAGAAAAUGAAAUGUCUGCUGUGAAUUGCGGGUCGGAGUGUUGAACAAGGUUUUCAUUCGCUAAUGUUUACAUACCUCACCUGAAGGACCUUGGAAAGUGUAUAUAACAAAAUAAAAUUAUAUUGAGUUGCUUUAAAACAAUACGUGUAACUGUAAGAGCUGGAGUGACCUGAACUGUGUCUCAAGUCUCUGAAUAGUGACGUUGUGAACUCUGUGCUCCUGUGUUUUAUUCCUGUUAGACUCUGGGAGAAGUUGUGUUCUUGUUACUGGUUAACUCCUGCAGGAUUGCCACCACCUUGUUUUCUUUUGUUCCUUAGACAUUGAUAACGACCCAACGAGCUUUCUAAAAGUCCUGAUUUUACUGCAGCUUAUUAAACUUCCCUUUGAUAUCGAA